AUGAUGGUUCCUUGGUGGUGGCAUGGUUUACUCGGUGCACGCAAUCCUUUCACCUCACUCUCUCUCCCUCUCUUAUGCUAUCUUCUUGGGAACCAAGGAGGGGCGGCUCUUGGGCAUUUUAACCUGACGUCCAUGGCCGUUGCAUCUUGGGGGUUAGCGUCUAUCGUUCCUGAAGAUCUCCUGCUGUGUUAACUACCACCAAUUUGCAAGAGGCAUCAUUCUUGCUGCUGGGCUAUUCACUAAAUGGCUCACUUCGCCCAGCACUUCAUCUUCAGGCCUCUGACUGUUAAUCGCCAUCCCUGCUUCUGGUCUUCAUCUUCUUCUUCCGAAUUUGUUUGCUUCCGUAGGUUGAAAUACUGGAGGGGUUUGGGAAUACCACAGAAGGACGGUAGGAUACGGUUGGUGGCCCGGGCGGAAGCUACUCCUAAUGAGUCGUCACCAAAAGAUACCAAUCCUCCCAAUGGGAACAUGCCAAAGAGCCGAAGGGAUAUCCUGUUGGAAUAUGUUAAAAACGUGCAGCCAGAAUUUAUGGAGUUAUUUGCAAAAAGAGCAUCUCGUCAGGUUGUUGAGGCAAUGCGCCAGACAGUGACAAAUAUGAUUGGAAGUCUCCCUCCUCAGUUUUUUGCUGUCACUGUGACCACUGUUGCAGAAAAUCUUGCACAGCUCAUGUACAGUGUUAUGAUGACGGGAUACAUGUUCAGGAAUGCACAGUACCGUUUGGAACUCCAGCAGAGUCUAGAGCAAGUUGCCCUUCCAGAAGUUCAGUCAAAGAAGGAUGCACCAGAUUAUGCACCUGGUACACAGAAAAAUGUGACUGGUGAAGUCAUCAGGUGGAACAAUGUUUCUGGGCCAGAGAGAAUGGAUGCUGUAAAGUACAUUGAACUGCUAGAAGCUGAAAUCGAGGAGCUAUCACGCCAAGUAGAACGCAAAUCCACAAAUGGGGAGAAUGAACUUUUGGCAUAUCUCAAAUCUCUUCAACCUCAAAACUUGCAGGAACUAGCCAGUGGUGCUGGUGAGGAUGUUGUAUUUGCAAUGAAUACAUUCAUAAAGCGUCUUCUUGGGGCUUCAGAUCCUGAACAAAUGAAGGCAGCAGCGACACAGACUUCAGCUCCGGAGCUUGCAAAUUUGCUCUACUGGCUGAUGGUUGUGGGUUACAGCAUCCGGAAUAUUGAGGUGCGGUUUGAUAUGGAGCGGGUUCUUGGCACUACCCCAAAACUUGCUGAGCUACCGCCUGGUGAGAGCCUCUAGUACUGCUGUUGGACUGUCGGGCCAGAAAUGGACGCGGGCAGAUGGCGAUCAACAGAGCAUGAUUCAUGCCUUGACUUUCUUGCAAAGACAUUCAUAUAACAGCUUUAAUUUGCUCGGCCGUUUCUAGAGCUUCUUGUCUAGCGAAAAUCAUCAGUAUUUUUAUCAAGUUGAAGAAUGGUAGUUGAAAGCCAUAGGUUGAACGCAACAAACUUUAUAAUCACUUCGGUUCAAUCAUUACGCCCAUGAGUGGGAUCAAUUUGAAUGAUAACACAACCAUGGAAUGCGAUUUCUUGUAACCAUGGAAUGCAAUUUCUUGAAGAUUAACUGAACUCUGUAUUCGUGCGUU